GGUAAACGGUUAUAAAUUGAUUUAGGCUAUAUGGACAAAAUGGCGGACGACAGCAGAAUUGCAAGACCCUUAGAAUUCUAUCGACAAUUUAUUGAGAAAGAUGUUCGUCCUGAUGGAAGGACAUUGGAAGAAUUUCGACCAACCGUUCUGAACAUAGGUUGUAUCGGAACUGCUGAGGGUUCAUCUCUAGUGAAACAGGGGAAUACCACUGUCAUGUGCGGCAUUAAAGCAGAAAUAGCAGCACCAAAAACAGAACAUCCGAAGAGAGGAUAUAUAGUUCCUAAUGUUGAACUAAGCCCAAUGUGUUCUGCAAUGUUCAAGCCUGGUCCUCCAGGAGACCAAGCGCAGUGUCUCAGUGUGUUCACAGACCAGGUCAUGACAUGCUCCCAGUGCAUGGACCUGGAGGAGCUGUGUAUUGUUCCUGGAAAGCAUGUGUGGGUGCUAUACUGUGACCUGGUCUGCCUCAACUAUGAUGGAAACCUCACAGACACUUGUGUCCUAGCUCUACUGGCAGCACUGAAAAACACCCGGUUGCCAUUGGUGACGUGGAAUGAAGAGGAUGAGAGCCUGGCAACUGAGGAAAAGGGAAAUACACCUGUCACCAUUAAGCAUUGUCCCGUAUCUUCCACAUUUGCUGUUUUUGACAACCAUGUGCUACUUGUUGACCCUACAAAGGAGGAAGAGGAUCUCUCAACAGGGGAAGUAACUGUGGUGACAGCAGAUGACCAGUUAUGUAUGGUCAGAAAACCUGGAGGCAGCCCCCUAAAUGCCGGCCAGCUGGCAGACUGUAUUGAUCGAGCAUUUUCCCGAAAUAAGGAGGUGGCUAGACUGAUGAACGAAACUCUGAACAGGGUUGAUAGAUAGUGAUGGAGUCAUUUGUUGUAGAUUUUGA